AUUUUUCAGUUGGCGUAGAGCUUCCGCAAAGAAUUUUACAAAAUUCGUCAAAAAUAUCGACACCAUUUUUUUAUAAAAUUUGGCGUAGUAUUUGUAUAUCCACAGGAUUGUAUCAGCGCACUGGUUUGUGUUUGUAACAUAUAUAGCGUUUGGGAAUUUUCUUUAAAUAAUAGAUACUACACAAAUAUCAAUUGAAGGAUAUUCGAAGUGAAAAGCAAAACACAACAGUCACGUACCUGUACGUUCGCAUUAAAAUCUCCUCGGCAGCAGAACAUCUGAUGGUGUUUGCUUGAAACAUGGACAAACAGGAGCAAUUAUCGGAUGCCAAAGAAAUGUCAUGUAAUAAGAGCACAUCAGCUGUAGGCUGCGCCGAUGACGGCAAAGAAAUCACCAUGGAAACAGUGGAGAUACUGCUAACGGCUGCAGUCACGGAGCAGACGGAUGAUAACUUUAGUGAAAGUGAUUCUCGUUCAACACCGACAAAAAACGACAAAAGCAGUAGCGAUAGUGGCGUUUGUGUAAAUAUGGAAGAGCGAUCAACUUCGAACAAAGUCGAUAUAGAUACAAAAGAAAUGAACGCAAUGGAAACAGCUAGCAGUAUUGACCAAAUUAGUUCACCUCUUCUCAGUUCCGAUAAUAAUAUUGAGCUCAGUUCUACAAUGAAUGAGAACUCAGCAACUACAAGUCAUGAUAGCAUGAAGAUGGAACAAAUAAAAAAUGGGAUAAAAAAAGACGAUGACGGAGAACCAAUCGCCGCUAGGACCAUGAUGGAAGAUGGAUGGAUGGAUGUUGAACCUAGUAUAAACAGUAAUGUUUCUGAUUUAUUCAGAUGGCCACGACAUAUACGUCGAGGUGCACGUAAUUACCGACAUAGUGCACAAGACGAUGGGAACGAAGAAGAUGCCACUGGUAGAAAUUCGUUCACCGUGGAUGGGACUGAGGAGGAGCAAAUGCCGUUACUCUCGGACAUAUCAACUCUAACCGAAAGAGAAGUAGGCCCAAUUAAUGUUGACACCUCGAUGCCAAACGAAAGGGCGAAUUCUCCCGCAGCAUCUUCUCCCAGCGUUAACAAUGCACCAUCUGCCAGCAGCAGCUCGCUUUUUAGCGAUGACGAUGAAGAUGAUGAUGAUGAUGAUGAUGAUGAUGAUGAUGAUGAUGAUGAUGAUGAUGACGAUGAUGAUGAUAUUGAUGUGGAUGAUGAUGAUGAUGAUGAGACUGAAGAUGAGGAUGAGCAUGACUCGGCUGACAAUACCGAACAUGCCAAUGCACUAGCUGAUGUAAUGAGCAAACCUAAACCACAAUAUACUUGGAGUUCAACACAUGAGCUAAUGCGAAGAGAGCACGGACUGAGUGGCGAUGGCCGCCGAUCAUUGGGUAGUGGUAUGGCAAUCGGUUUCAACGCGCGUUUUUACGCAGCACGACAUGUUGUGGAACGUAUGAAGAUUUCUCAUUGCUUAGUAAAGCAUAGUGGCUGUGUAAAUUGUUUGAAUUUUAAUCGAUCUGGCGACUUGCUCUGCUCUGGUUCGGACGAUACCCGCAUCAUCAUUUGGAACUGGCCACAUAAAAGACCAAAAUGCAUCUAUAAAUCUGGGCAUACUGAGAAUAUCUUUCAAACUAAAUUCGUUAAUAAUGUAGGUGUUUUGGAUAUUGUCUCAGCCGGACGUGAUGGGCAGGUACGACGUUCGAUCAUAUCUUCAUCCGGAGGAAAACCACACACAUCUUUGCUGUAUCGUCAUAAUGGUUCCGUGCAUAAGAUUGUAAUGAGCCCAAAUAACCCUUUUGAAAUUAUCAGUGCUGGUGAGGAUUCACAUAUACGUUGUAAAGAUUUACGAACCGAUGAGAGUGCCACGAGUCUCUGUAAAGUGGAGAGCAGCAAGAAGAAAAGGAAAAUACGACUUUUUAGCAUUGAUCAUCAUCCGCAUGCCCCGGAGAUCGUUGUGUGUGGUUGUGAUAAUUUUGUUCGGGUCUUCGACAAGCGUAACAUGGGUAAACCAGUUCAUCAAAUGUGCCCCGACCAUUUGGUUAAAGCCUCUACACCCCAAGUUACAUGUGCUGUCUAUAACAGUACUGGCAGUGAAGUGCUUGCCUCUUAUAGUGAUGACCACAUUUACUUAUUUAAUAAUAACGAGUACAAAACCGGUGAAUAUCUGCAUCGCUACCGCGGACAUUAUAACCACAAAACUAUUAAGGGCGUAAACUUUUUUGGGCCUAAUUCAGAGUACAUCGUCAGUGGUAGUGAUUGCGGUAACAUCUUUUUUUGGGAUAAAAACACUGAAGCAAUUAUUAAUUUCCUCCCUGGUGAUGUUAUGGGUGUGGUAAAUUGCUUAGAGCCACAUCCAACGAUUCCUGUCCUGGCUACAUCUGGCCUCGAUUCUAGCAUAAAAAUCUGGACACCAAGUAGUGAAGUGUACCCUCCGGAUUUGUCGAAACUCGAAGCGUGUGUUAGGCGUAAUCUUAGACGCUCUGUAUUUGGCGAAGGCCGAGAGUUUGAUGAUAGAGAAUUUCACUAUUUUAUACGGCAAUUUCUUCGCCGUCCUGCGCGACAUGUUACCCAUUUAACGGGUGAUGAUUCUGGCGAGCAUCUUAGCAGCAGUAGCAGCAGCGACGCUGACAGUGAUGAUAUAGAUUGUCCACAAAUGGAUGGUAUACAAUGCCGCACACAAUGAAACUGAUAUAUACCGUGGCAAGAUUACAUUCAUGAAAAGUGGCAGAAUAGUUGAUGAAUAUUAACAAUGAUUAAUUUAAUAUUAUAUUUUCUUUUGUUUAUUUAAAUCGUUGCCCACUCCUUCUUUGUAAUAUUUGCGUACGAUGACAAAAGGCAUAUGCGAGGUUAUUGCCCGUUAGGUCGAAUUUAAAACAUCGUGCCAAAAAUUGAUUGUUGGUUAUCAAAAUAUACAUAUAUAUUUCAUGUAAUAUUUGAAUUAAAUAUUAAAACCAUUGAAUAUAAAAAUAAUAAUAAUAAAAAAUAUGCAAAAUACGAAUGAGGGAUAAACUAAA